GGAAAUGAAUAACCCACCAUUUAAUAGAACGAAAGUAUUACCAUCAAGAAAUAUGACAUUUGUGGCAAAUCCAUCCCCGAUUGGCUUUCUGUACGCCGUGGCGUCGAUCAUGAUGAAUAUAAUCGUUCCGAAGCAAAAACCAGAUUUCGUGGACCAAGUUAUUCCAGAGGCAUUCGACAUCUCGCAAUACAAGGUGCGGCUGAAGCUGGGCGGCGUGCUGCCGCUGCUGGCGCUCGUCUCCGGGCCGCUCACCUUCUGCCUCUUCUUCCUCGUGCUGGCCGCGAUGCUGCACUUCGCCUGGAUGACCUCCAGAAGGCGGCGCGAAAGGGAGCGACGCCCCUUCGACCGCAAGUGCGACCCGCAACUCAAGUGUUGCUUGACUGCGUUGCUGAUCGCCCUGAUGGCUUUAUACUUUUUAGGCUUGGCGAGCGCAUACUACACAUCGGUGCAAAUGGAGGACGGCGCAAGGCUUCUGUUACUGUGCAUCUGCAAUAUUACAAGGACAACCAGCGAACUGCUGAAUUUUAGAACAAAAUUUCUUUUUAGAAGACAUAAUCAGGAAGGAUUUUGGCCGGUCGAUUUACGGGGACCAUAUGAAGAAAUCACUCAGAUAAGGUUUUGGAACUUCGUUUAUAAUGAGUCUCAUCAUAGAACGAGGCGAUACAAUAAAGAAGUUGACCCGUCGUCUCUGUCGCCGUUGAGCGGUAUCGUGGAACAGUUGGCCGCCGUGCACCGCGACUUAGUGGAUGUGAAGCGGGAGAGUGCGGUGUUGUGGUUGCUGGCAGAACAGCUCAACGAAGGCCUACACCGAGUGAAGCACAACUUGCUCCGCGCGCUGCUGGAGUGCGACGACCCCGCCUGCGUGGAGCUGCAGCGGAGACACCACAUCGCCGAGCUGAACACUCACUUCCCCUUCACCCCGAUGCCCGACCUCUCUGAGCUGCUCAACAGCGUGUCGUCGCUGCUCGAUGACCACAUCAAGGAGGAGGUGGCCGAAGGGCUGCGUAGCGUGGCAGACAAAGUAGCUAUGCUGGAAGAAAAAUCCGUGCAUUAUUUCCACAACAUAUCUGAAGCAGGGAGGGCAAUGUCGUACAUGCAGAUGCGAACACACCGUGCGUUUUACUUCUGGGCCUACGACCGCUUCGAAGAUUUGGAGCAAGUGGAGAGAGUGCGCGAGCACAUCGAAGACUAUUACUUUUCACAAAUCAGACAUGUGGUGUUCACCAUCCUCGUCAUCCUGGCGCUUCCUUUGACACUGUUCCUCGGUUUGGUGCUCGGCUUCUGCGGCACCCGGGCUAAAGUGGACGGCUCCUUCAGCAUCUGCGGCAGAGACAAUGGAGCGCGGUGCGUGUAUUGCGCCAUGGUGCUAUCAAUACUGGUGUUCAGCGUGUGCGCCGUGCUGUUCGCGACGGUGUUCGCGUUCGGCGCGCUCCUGCACCGCGCCGUGUGCGACCCGUUCGGGAACCCGCUGAAAAGUUCAAUGUUUCGUUUAAUAGACGAGUUUGUUUACCUUGACAAGAUCAUCUACAAGGACGGAGCCGUGAGCGUCCACGAGGGGGUCAAGGUCAGCAGGGUCCUGCACGACAUUAUGUAUUUUACUAAAAAAACACACAAGUAUUACUACGAGACGUUUCAAGUCCGGCGCCUCUUUGGGAUGGACAAAUACAAAAUUUAUCUUAACAACAGCGCAACCGUUAUAAAGAAAUACAUGAAAAUAUUGAAGGAGCUACCUCCUAUAAAGCUGGAUGUUCCCGCCAAUCACCUGAAAGACAGUACCAGGCGAAAGCUGCGGAUUCUGGCUCAAAUUCCAUUCUCCAACCUCGCUGAUGAGAGAAUUCCAGCAGCGCUGAAGACGAACUCGGAGCGGCACACCAGCGCCUUGCAGACGGUGUCGCAGCUGGCGGAGGCGCUGGAGCGCGCGGCGCGCGGGGCGGGGGGGCGCGCGCCGGCCGGGCUGCGCGCCGCCGCCGCCGGCCUGCGCGACCUGCGCCAGCGCACCAUCCUGCCCAUGCUGCAGCUUUCGCAAAAACUCAAUACAACAACGCGCAAGUUGUACGAAGCUCGCCAUUUCAACAUCACUAACGUGACGUUGAGUGAGGCCAUAGAGCAGAUGAUGACGGAGCUGGACGAAACCGAGUGGUACCUGCGAGAGGGAGCUGGCGAACAAAUCAAGGCUACGUUGUUGCGGGAGGCGAAGGACAUAACAGAGGAGACGCUGCAUUUCUACGACAACAUCGUGGCGACGCUGGCGACGCCGGCGGGCCACUUCAUGCCGCCCGUGGUGCGCAGCGCGCGGCUGGCCCUGUGCGAGCACGUGCUGUGGCCAGUCCACGGCGUGUGGCUGAGCCUGCUGUGGAGCAUGCUGGUGUUGCUGGGCAUGCUGGCGGUGUGCCGCAGACUCGCGCGCAUCUUCCUGCAGACGGACCCUUACCCCGGGCCCGAGGUCGUGCGCGCCUACGACGCGGUGAAGCGGUUCGAGCGGCGCGCGCGCAAGGAGCGGCGGCGCGGCGGCGCGCGCGGGCUGUGCGCGGGCGCCUGCAACGACGUGCGCCUGCCCGCGCCGCCGCCCGACGCCCACUGCUGCCACAAGUAUUAACUGUGGCUUGAAGACGAGGCGGCCGUCGGUUAACACUCGAGCAUCGACCUGACUACUGUAAGCUCCCGGUACCUACUACCUGACCGAUGUCUGUAAAAUAAUAUUGGCAAAAAAUCGAUAUAGAGGAUCCUAGACAACACAAAAUGAAGCCAAAAAUAUCUGUCGAGCGUCCACAACC